CAGUAGUUCCCCCUCUGAUGAUAUUCGGUGAAAUAUGUGAGUUUGAUGUGAAUGAAGUAUUUUCUCUGGUUUUUUCAGAUCAAGUACCUAACUGCGUAGACGUUUAAUUGUCUUCUAAAUAAAUUAUUUUCGACAUUCACAAAUAUUAUCAUUAAAAAACCUUCUGGAUAUAGUUGGCUUCAGGUUAUUAUGUUACUCAACAAAACCAGGUUGGUGGGUUUAUCGAAUAGAUCUCGAAAUUGCAAUAUGGACGGGAACUCCACGUCGGACAUUGUUAUUUUGAGUGGAAACUCACAUCCUGAAUUAGCUGAUUUGAUUGCCAACCGCCUAGGUGUGCGUAAAGGAGGUUGUUCAGUAUACCACAAGACUAACAGAGAGACCAUUGUGGAAAUUGCUGAUUCAAUUCGUGGCAAGAAUAUUUAUAUCAUACAGACUGGAACCAAAGAUGUGAACAACAACAUAAUGGAAUUGCUUAUAAUGGCUUACGCUUGUAAGACUUCCUCUGCCAGUUCAAUUGUUGGUGUAAUUCCAUACUUACCAUACAGUAAACAAUGCAAAAUGCGGAAACGAGGAUGUAUAGUUUCUAAACUUUUAGCCCAAAUGAUGUGUAAAUCAGGUCUUUCACACAUUAUCACUAUGGAUUUACACCAAAAGGAAAUACAAGGAUUUUUUGACUGCCCCGUUGAUAAUUUAAGAGCAUCACCAUUCUUACUUCAGUAUAUACAAGAAAGUAUUCCAGAUUACCGUAAUUCGGUUAUAGUGGCCCGGAAUCCUGGCUCUGCAAAGAAAGCUACUUCAUAUGCCGAGCGAUUGAGACUAGCUAUAGCUGUCAUACAUGGAGAACAGAAGGAAGCCGAAAGUGAUGAGGUUGAUGGACGGUAUUCACCUCCAUGUAUACCCAGGUCGCGUACUAUGGAUGUAUCUGUGGGAGUGCCGGCACAUCCAGCUAAAGAAAAGCCACCGAUAAAUGUAGUAGGAGAUGUAGGAGGACGAAUUGCUAUAAUGGUGGACGACAUGAUCGACGACGUUCAAUCGUUCGUGGCGGCUGCUGAAGUAUUAAAAGAGUGCGGAGCCUACAAAAUAUAUGUACUGGCCACCCACGGCCUGCUCUCGUCCGACGCUCCACGAUUAAUUGAGGAUUCGCCCAUAGACGAGGUUGUCGUCACCAACACGGUGCCUCAUGAACUACAAAAGAUGCAGUGCAAUAAGAUCAAAACUAUCGAUAUAUCGAUACUGAUCAGCGAAGCGAUCCGGCGUAUUCAUAACAAAGAAUCUAUGUCUUAUCUCUUCAAAAACGUUACCCUCGAAGAUUAACUCUGAAAUCUUCUCUUGUAAUACAAGUAUUAUGCUGUUUUUUGUUAGAGUUUUUGUAUUCAUUCUUGUAAUUAAGCUGUGUAAGGAAUAGUGACAGAGGAAAUAAAAAAGCAGUGUUAUAAUAUUAUUACAUAUUAUAUUUUUACUACGAUUGUACAUAAUAUGAACUGCUAGAAUGAUAAUGCUAAAUGAUAGAAAAUGUUUGGAUAAUGUAAAUUCCUUAUUGUGUAUUAUUCAUUUACAAAGUGAAUUUAGUUGAUAAAAAUGUAGAAUGUGCGUAAUUAAAGAAAUAAAUCACCAUUUUCAUGUUAUGUAACAAAUAUUGCGAUCAGCAUCUCCACCCAGACACCGUUUCUAUGGACCAAAUUAUUAUGUUGUUUUAUUAUUUGCUACAAGAGUACUUGGGUUUAUUGGUAUUACGUUUGGCGAAUGAAUUUUAAUGAUACAAGAUAAAAACAAUAUUGUGUAUUAACUUUGUUGUUGGUUAUUAGUAAGCCUGAAUAAAGAGAACAUAGAAGAGACUACGCUACUUAUGUUCCGACAUAAUAUAUGUAUGUAGGUAAAAACAACAAAUAUAACUUUUAUGGUCUUGUUUGUUAAAUUACUACGUUAAAGUCAUUAUUCAUUUUCAUAAAUAUUAUUCUAUAUGUGUUAAAUACUUUUUGCAUUUACUAUUUCAGUACCGGUGGUAGGGAGAAUCAUAAUCCCGCACGAAUAUGUAGGUACCACAAUCUUGCCUAUUUAAAUCGCCGCCAACCAGUAAUUUCAGGUUUGAAGCAGUUGGCGUGGCGAUCGUGUGUGAUUGCGAUAGAUUUAUUAGAAUUAUGGGUUCCGGUAAGCACUUAACGUCACUUCCUCUCCCGUCGCUUAUUCAAAAAUAAAUGUAUUUUCAGUAUUCAUUUUUAAUCUUGUCAUAAAAAAGGUUUCGAGCCAAAUACUACUUUGAAAGAAAAA